AUGGCGGCUGCCAGUCCGUCAGAUUCGGCUCCUUCACUGCCCUUAAACGUAGUCAUAAAGACCGAGCCAGAGGCCGAGGACGACCUGCUCUUCACCUCGGAGGAUGUGCCGGUUAAGCGGGAGCCCGUCGUGCCGCUCAUGGCCCCGGUCAGCGGGCUGCAGCCGCUCUGCUGGUCGCAGGAUCACCGCCUGGCUGUGUGCACCACCAGCUCCAUGUCGGUGAUGGAGCUGGUGUGCGACGUCCACAGCAACAAACAGGAGCUGACGCUGCACAGGACCUCCAUCCCAGUCCCCACUGAAGCGUUAAAACUGCGGGUGGGACCAGCAGCGGAGCUGGCUCAAGCGAUGGAGAAGUUCGCUACACAUCCGGACCCCACAGUAAGGCAAGUUUUUCUGGCCGACAAAGUGAUGAACCCGUCGAUAGGAGUGCACAGAGGAAUAAGAUAUGCCAGUUGGUCUCCGUUAGGUUGUGACUCGAGCGGGCGCUGCCUGCUCGCUUGCCUGACGCUCGACCACAGACUCACCAUUCAUAACAGCCACAAGCGUCUCGAGUGGAACAUGCUAAUCGACCUCACCAAAAAGUACAGCGAGAGGCUAAAGGAGCGGGGCUACUCCAAAAAAGACAACAAGCCCCCGCAGGCAGACCUGCUGGACUUCGACGAGCUGCAGCGGCGCUUCCGUAUGCAGACUCCUCUGAGAAUGGAGUGGUCGAGCGUUUACACGACCAAACAGGUCCAGCCGGACAACACGUGCAAAGACAUGGAGAUGGUCCUCCUCGCCGUCUUAAUGGAAAACGGCGACCUUGUUUUGUGGAAGUUUGUGUUGCCCUUUUUAAACGUUGCAGAUGUUUCGUUUUAUGACAUCGUGGAGUCGGGUGUGACUAGACCCAGCGACCUGGCGUGGUGGGAGUAUGUAAGCUCAGAUCGGCGGAUGAGCGGCCUGAUCGUCGGCAGUGAAGUAGGACCCGUCAAGAUCAUGCCGGUUAGCCUGGCGGGAGUGAAGGGCUACUUCACCCUCCGACACCCCGUCAUCCUCUGGAAGGAGUGCGACGAGAUCGCCGUCGAAAACCUCAAAUGUGUCCCGAUGAUCCACCCGAUCCAAAAAUCCAGUUGCAGCCUCAUCGUGGCGUCGCGCGGCUGCUACGUCUUUUGGUGUUUGCUCAUGAUUUCGCCGGCCGGACUUAACGUACACAACUCUCACGUGGCGGGGCUGCACUCGCUCCCUGUGGUCUCGCUAGCGAUCAGUCAACAUGGCGUCGCAGUGUACACAUGUUCUGCAGACGGCUGGAUAAAAAAGCUGACUCCGACGUUUACGGAGAACACUUUGAUUUUCAAACAAGAGGAUAUGAUGCGACCUGAAAACCUAACUGGGAGGAGGAUACACGGGAUUGCGGUGAGCCACAACGGAGCGUAUGUUGCGCUUGCCAGCACACAAGGUAUGGUUGGCGGCUACCAUCCAGUCAACAGGACCUACCAGGUUCACUUUGUGACCCUGAAAACGCCAAAAACGGCAGCGGCACUGCUGCUCAAGUCCCCCAUGCAGAACUUGUACAAAGUGGCCGACCUGCUCGAUCUCGUGAGGUGGCAGAUUUUGAAAAACAAGAGCAUCCCCGCGUCGCUGCUGGAAGAGCUCGAUCAAAAGAUCCAGGAAGUAGACUCGCCCUACUUGUGGCGAUUCAAGCUCUUCUUGGUGCGUAUACUUUACCAGUCACUACAGCUGCCUCCCACGGAGAACCGCUGGAAACCCACGCACGAGGAGAACAAGGUGUUCGUGAGAGACGAGGAAGAGGAGGACGGAAAGGACACAGAAGAUGGUGCACAAGAGGAAGGCGAGCCCAGUGAGGUAAAACAUGAGAAGGAGGAGAAUCGGGAGGAGCAGAUAGAGGAGGUGCAGGCUUGGAUCAAUGCGGUAGAGAGCCACAUGAUGAGAGAAAACAUGAAGAAGGUGCUGGGGGUGGUGUACCUCAACACCUGGAUUGGUCAGAACACCAGCAUACCCACCUGUGGCCUGGUGGACUACCUCGCCAGAGACUCUAACGACAGAGCGUCAGAGGUCCUGAUUGGCCACAUCAAGAAAAAGAUUCACAAGCAGACGUUCUCGGAGCGCUGCAGCUUGUGUCAGGAGAUUCUGCCCUUCUCGGACCACAAACAAGCAAUCUGUAAAAACGGCCACAUGUGGCUCAGGUGUGUGUUGUCAUACCAGGCCUGCCAGACGCUGACGUUCAGACGUUGCCUCCUGCUGGAUACCAUCUCCAGACUGCCAGAGCCUGAGGAUCCGGAGUGGAUAAGGAAGAUACUGAAGGCACCCUGCACGCUCUGCGACUCGCCGAUGAUCUAGAGCUGAACGAUGGGAGGAACCUCAGGGCUGCCCUGCGACCUUUCAGAGCUUCCCGCUCUGACGCAGGGUCCACUUUUGUCAGACGUCUCACUGCUCCGAUUUUUUUUCAUUUCAUGUAUUUUGUUCAUGUUUUUAUUACUUUAUAUUGGUAUCUUUAAAAGUGCAAAAUAAAAGGCUUUGAUUAUA